AUGAACCCUAACGAUAAUAUAUCGCAUUCAGGACAUCUUGAUGUGACUACAUAUACAGAUAAUUCAUCACCUGAACAUAAUUUGUAUGAGAAUUUUGGGGAUAAGAAGACAUUUUCAAUUCCAUCUUCAUCUUCUUCUCCAUAUAUGAGAACCCAAUACAAUAUGAUACAAUAUAAUAUAGAUGAUGAAUUAAAAACAGAACUUAACUAUCCAAAUGUCAUAUGCUCUAUUAGAUUUGAUGAAAAUACAUUAAAUUUUGAUCGUUCAAUGUUACCAAAUGUGCAUGUCACGAGCGUCAAGUUAUUUACUCUAUGCAAUCAACCACUUUUAUUUAGUUUUAGUACUAAUGAUUGUCGCAUUUAUUGUUAUUUAUUUGAUAAGGAAAAAAAUAAAUGGAUUAAUUAUGGUAGAAAAUCUAAUUUGGGUGGUGAUGAUAAAUUUAUUGAGGAUGAGAAUGGGGUUUCAUAUUGUUAUUCUGAUGGCAUUAAUUUUAAGAUUUAUCUUGACAAAGUAUCAUCUUCAAUAUCUAUUCCAAUCGAUCCAACUACUAAGCCAUCAAAUAUGGAUAUCGAAGUUACAUUAUUGUCCCCAAAUUUACCAUCUAAUGAUGCGAAUGGAGUCGAUGAAGUUGAUUCAAAUUUAACAAUAUAUAUUUUUCCAUCCAAUUUCAAUUAUACCCCUAAAAGAAAAUACGCCAUCUUUUCCUUCUCCAUUGAUCAAUAUAUCGAUUCAUUAAAAUAUCCUAGUAGUAUUGAUUUUAUGCAAUUCAAUGGUAAGACUAUUAAGUUUGACAAUAAAAAUUUGAAAUUACAUCCUAGUCCCUUAAAGGAUAUAAAUCUGUUUGUUUGUACUAGCAAUCAUCCGUUCUUACUCAUGUUUAUGACCCAAAAUCAGCGUAUAUAUUAUUAUACACUGGACGAAAACACCAAAUUAUGGUUAAAUUGUGCGUUAAAAUAUCAAGAUGAGGCGAUAGCACCACGAACGGAUCGUGCUGGUAAUAUUUAUUAUACAAUACUAGCUCCAAGCCUAAUCAACAAUGUAAAUGAAAUAAUUCAAGAAAAAUGCAGUGGAUGUUAUCAGGGAGAAUAUAAAAUCCCAGAAGAUCCAAUUAUACAAAUUUCAUUAAAUAUCCGUGAAAAUUUAACACAAGAAGAAGAAUCUUUAAUGCAGUCUGAAAAUUUGGAAGAUGAACUAAACAAACAAAGACCAAAUACAUCGAACAUGAUUAAAUCUACACUUAUACUUAAACCAUUAAAAACAAUGCAUUCUGAUGGGACAACAUUUACACUUUGUUUAUACCACACUGGAUUAUUUGACAAAUUUCAAUACCCCAAUAAAAUAAAUUCCAUGAUAUUUAAUGAUCAAUUAAUUAGAUUUGACAAAGCAGUCUUGAUUCACAACCCAUUAAGUUUCAUAAUGCUAUAUACUCAUCUUAAUAAGUAUCCACUGAUUAUAAUUAUGGUGACUGUUGACCGUCGUUAUUAUUAUUACGCUCGAGAUACUAGCUCGGAUAAGUGGAAAACUUACAAAUUAAAAUAUCCAUCAGAAAAAGCAGUGAUGAUAGAAGAAGAUGAUAAGACUAUAUAUUACAUUGGGGCUUUAUCGGGAAUAAUACGAGAUCUUGAAGAAACUAAAAAUAUGCCUCGUAAAGCCACGCUGAAAUUGCCAGGAAACACCUCAGAAAUUGAGCCUUUAAAAGUCAAUAUGACCGAAUUUAAAGAAUCGUUGGAUGAGAAUAGUUUAGAUAGGAACUAUAAGACGGGGGAUGAGUAUAAUUAUACAACAAUUAUGUUGAAUGUGGAUUCUAUCGGCGUUUCUGAUGUAAAUGAAAAUUUCUUAGUUUAUGUAUAUACUAUUGAUGAUUUUAUUGAAUUGAAAUACCCAAAUAAGAUAGAUUCUAUAGUGUUUAAUGGGAAUUCUCUUGUAUUUGACAAUGGAAUUUUAUAUUUAGACCCCAUUGAUGAAAUUCACUUGUAUACUUCUUACAAUCUAUAUCCUCUACUAAUUACAAUAAUGUUUGACGCUUAUUACUACUUUUAUACAUUAGACAACAGUACUAAUAAAUGGAAAAAUUAUAUUUUAAGGCGACAACCUUCACAUUUAGAAAUUCUCCCAGCCUUUGAUUUCAAUAAAAAUCCUUAUUAUAAUAAGUUUUAUAACGACAAUGUUGAGCUUUUGUUUGAGUUAGAUGCCUUAUUACCUAAAGAUUUAGACCGCGAUAUGCAAUCAGAAUCUAUUAAAGAUGAAAAACCACAUAUAGAAAUCAAUAUAAUAGAACAUACAAGACAGCAUAGUGAGGAUCUAUGUAAAAGGAUGCGUAAUGAGGAUACUAACUUCACUAAAAAAUCAAUGUUUGCAUUUCCAUCCAAUGAAGAAGAGAAGUAUAGCGAAACUGGUUACUUUUAUAUGAUCUCCUUUAUUCCCCCAGAGGAGCAUUCUAGAUUUUUGACAUCUCCAGUGAAAAUUAACACUAUUAGACUAGAAGACCAAAUAGCCGAAUUUGAUGAAACUGCCAUAUUACCUUUUCGGCGGACCACCUUUAUUAUGUUGUACACAUGCUUUCGAGGACAUAUAUUACUAAUUCGACUGGAUGCGGGUAUCUAUUCUUAUUUUUAUGCAUUGGAUUCAAAUAAAAAUAAAUGGACAAACUAUGAAUUAAAAGUACCUAAAGGCGGUGAAGCGCUAACUGACAUUAAUAAAGUAAAAUACUACCGGUCAAAAUCAAUUUUAUUUGAAAAAGAACUGGACAUCAUCUCGAAAAUUACAUGUGAUUCAACUUGCAAAUCAGAAAACCCAAACCGUCAAAGCAGUGUUUUGAUUGUCAACUUAAAAGUGAAUGAUGAUUUUUAUGAUAUAAUGCACUACCCCAUUCGUUCACUUUGGCGUCUAGCAUUACAGUUUUCCAAAUAUCUAAUUUUUUUAAUCUAUGUAUUAAUUAUGAUUGCGGCGCUAUCGGCAUGUUUCCUAUACAAACACUUUCGACGCGUAUAG